AUGCUGUCAACACUUCUCUCGUUCGCGGUUGCUGCCGCUGCUUCAUCCAUAACCUUUACCAAUACCCAGCGUUUCCUUUUCGACGUCGACGGCAACCAGAUUGAUGCAUAUGGUAGUAAGAUCAACUUCUUCAAUGGACGUUACUAUCUCUGCGGCAAUAGCUUCUCCACGACAGGCUCUGGCUUUGGCAUCAAAUCAUACUCGUCAAUCGAUCUUGACAGCUGGCACUACGAUGGCUUCCUUUUCGAUCCAUACGGAGCCAACCCGUGCGCGCAAGCAGGCGGGUGUGGCAGACCACACAUUGUAUACAAUCGCAAGGCAAGUACCUACGUUCUCUGGGCCAACGCCGGCUCUUCGGGUUAUCCUGUCGCAACGUCCUCCUCACCAUCUGGACCCUUCACGUUCCUAACCAGCACUGCUUCAAUCGAUCCACAAUUCGAUGGCCUGCAGCCCGCAGACUUCGCAGUCGAAACAUUUGGCGACAAUGGCUAUAUCGUCUUCUCAGCUCUGAACUUCCGUGAUCCUCGCGCGGGCAGCACCUGGCCUCCGAUCUACCAGACGCUCCAUAUCAGCAGGCUGAUCGAUGGCUAUACAAACACUACUCGGGUCAGUUACCCUGUGACAUCGAACGCCACCGAUUUGAUCGACCAAGAAACCGAAUCGCCAGACAUCUUCAUGCGCAACGGCUUGUACUAUGUGGUGGCCAGCAAUACCUGCGGGUACUGCAACGGCUCCAUUGGACUCCUGUAUCGCGCCAGUAGCACUCAAGGCCCCUGGACGCGGCAGAUCAUCUCUGGGUACUCCUGUGAAGGCCAGGUUGAAGGCGUCCUGCCCCUCACAAACCCAUAUACAAAACAAGUAACUUAUGUGUGGCACUCGACUUCUGUACCGGGCGGUCCUCGUGUUGGCUUUGGCGGCCAUAUCUUCCAGCCUCUGCAAUUCAAUCGCGACGGCUCUGUUCAAGAUCUGGACUGCUCGACUAAUGCUGCCUUCCAUGUCGAAUUCACGCGCGGCUCUGGACCUGUCGCCAGUGGUGCUGCCACGACAGCAGAGCAAAGCACACCUUUAGAUGCAGCAUACGAAGCAGUGUGCGAUAGCGAUCAAUUCGACAUUUUCCAGACAUGGCAAGCAAACAAGAGCGGAACCAUCCACAGCAUCUCCUUGAACGUCGCCAAGAGCGUACAGACCGUCCCUCUACUGUUGACAGUCUUCAAGUUCAACAGCUACGCCGACCUCAUAAGCCCAGAAUACAAGUACACCACCCUCGGCACCGCCGCCUACAACGCUACAUCCUUAUCCUUUGUCUUCAACACGACCUCGAUACCCAUCACUUCGAACGCUACUGUCUCUGCUGGUGACCUUCUCGGUCUUUCAAUCGCUGGCUCGGAUUUCGCGCCAUAUUGUCAUCUCGAGUACGAGACCACCAACAGCACUGGAAGCAGUGCGUCAGCGUUCCGCCUGUUCCAGCGUGGUGCAGGACAGAAUAGCUGGCGUGGGUUGCAGGGGAAGACGAGUCCGGUCUAUGAGCGAGUCGGAAGGAGCGUGAAAUUGUUUGUGACGUAUGCUUGA